AUGUCCUCCAUUGAUGCAGCCAAACAGUUGUUUUUCAAGAUCACUCAACAUAGAUCAGUUAUAGGUAUGCCUCGAAAGCUUCGUAGGACAGUAAGAUCCCUUGGAUUGAAUCACAGAGAUGUCACCGUCUAUCAAACUAUCAGUCCCAGUACCGCAGUUAAAUUAAGUAAGGUAAAGGAAUUAGUUAAGGUUGAAUUGGCUGACCAAAAAUUGAGUAGAAGGGAAGUCAACUUGACUAGAAAAUAUAAGCCUGGAUUUCUGGUUGUAAAAUCAGAUGCUUAA